CACCAAGCGAUGGUAACAUCCCUGAAUGAAGAUAAUGAAAGUGUAACGGUUGAGUGGAUUGAAAAUGGGGAUACAAAAGGCAAAGAGAUUGACUUGGAGAGCAUAUUUUCACUUAAUCCAGAUCUUACUUCUGAUGAAGAUGCUGAACUUGUUUCAGACACAGCACCACCACCUACUCCACCAGCCAAAGUAAACAAAAUAGUGAAGAGUCGACGAACUGUGGCGCCUGUUAAGAAUGAUGCCCCUUCCAGAGACAACAGAGUGACUGGUUCUGCACGUGCUCGACCUACUCAGCUUCCUGAGCAGCCUUCCUCCUCUCAACAAAAUGGUACUGUUUCAGAUAUAUCUCCAGUUCAAGCUGCAAAAAAGGAAUUUGGACCCCCUUCACGAAGAAAAUCUAAUUGUGUAAAAGAGGUUGAAAAAUUGCAAGAGAAACGUGAAAAAAGAAGGUUACAGCAGCAGGAACUUAGAGAAAAAAGAGCUCAGGAUGUUGAUGCUACAAAUCCCAAUUAUGAGAUUAUGUGUAUGAUAAGAGAUUUCAGGGCAAGUUUGGAUUAUAGACCACUGACAACUGCAGAUCCUAUUGAUGAGCACAGAAUAUGUGUUUGUGUACGAAAACGACCACUCAAUAAAAAAGAAAAUGUAAUGAAAGACCUUGAUGUAAUAACAAUUCCUAGUAAAGAUGUUGUGAUGGUACAUGAACCAAAACAAAAGGUGGACUUAACGAGGUACCUAGAAAACCAAACUUUUCGUUUUGAUUAUGCCUUUGAUGACACGGCUCCCAAUGAAAUGGUUUACAGGUUUACUGCUCGACCAUUAGUGGAGACUAUAUUUGAGAGAGGAAUGGCCACUUGUUUUGCAUAUGGACAAACAGGCAGUGGAAAAACCCACACUAUGGGAGGUGACUUUUCGGGAAAGAACCAGGAUUGUUCUAAGGGGAUAUAUGCACUUGCAGCUCGAGAUGUCUUCUUAAUGCUAAAGAAGCCAAACUAUAAGAAGUUAGAACUUCAAGUUUAUGCAACAUUUUUUGAGAUAUACAGUGGUAAGGUUUUUGACUUGUUGAACAGGAAGACAAAAUUAAGAGUGUUAGAAGAUGGUAAACAGCAAGUCCAGGUCGUGGGAUUACAGGAACGGGAGGUCAAAUGCGUUGAAGAUGUUCUUAAGCUUAUUGAAGUAGGCAACAGCUGCAGGACAUCUGGUCAGACAUCUGCAAAUGCACACUCAUCUCGAAGCCAUGCAGUCUUUCAGAUUAUUCUCAGAAGGAAAGGGAAAUUGCACGGUAAAUUUUCUCUGAUUGAUUUGGCUGGCAAUGAAAGAGGAGCAGAUACGUCCAGUGCAGACAGGCAGACACGACUGGAAGGUGCGGAAAUUAACAAGAGCCUUUUAGCACUUAAGGAGUGCAUUAGAGCCUUAGGCCGAAAUAAACCUCAUACACCCUUCAGAGCAAGUAAACUUACUCAGGUGCUAAGAGAUUCAUUCAUUGGUGAAAACUCCCGUACCUGUAUGAUCGCUACAAUUUCUCCGGGGAUGGCAUCAUGUGAAAACACUCUAAAUACACUGAGAUAUGCAAAUAGAGAAAAGGAAUUUGGAAUUAGUCCUUCGGACAUUCCCUUCUCACAGGGUAGUGGCAGUCGCUCUGAUCUAUCUCCUUCCUAUGAGUAUGACGACUUUUCUCCUUCAAUCACCAGGGUGAAGGAGCUGACAGUUGACCCUAGUGCCACAGGAGACAGCCGGCCCACUAUACACCAUGCUUCCAAUCAAAUUGAUGACUUGGAGACACAGUGGGCGGUUGGGAGCUCUCCUCAGAGAGAUGAUCUCAAACUGCUUUGUGAGCAAAACGAAGAGGAAUUUUCUCCUCAACUGUUUACUUUCCAUGAAGCUGUGUCACAAAUGGUAGAAAUGGAAGAGCAAGUAGUAGAAGACCACAGGGCUGUCUUCCAGGAAUCUAUUAGAUGGCUGGAAGAAGAAAAAGCUCUUCUUGAGAUGACAGAAGAAGUAGACUAUGAUGUGGAUUCUUAUUCUACCCAACUUGAAGCAAUUCUAGAGCAAAAAAUUGAUAUCCUGACCGAACUUAGAGAUAAAGUGAAAUCUUUCCGGGCAGCCCUACAAGAGGAAGAACAGGCCAGUAAACAGAUCAACCUGAAGAGACCACGUGCCCUUUGAAAUGGGCCUUUGCUGCUGAAGGAAUCCACAAACCUGUACUGCUGUAGCACACAUUUGUUACAAAACCCAGUGGCCGUAAGAAAUGAACUACUUGAAAGUGUAAA